ACCAAACAAACCAAAUAAAGCUACCACUUAUUUUCGCUCUGAUCUCUCUUUAUACCAACCAGAGACGAGCGGACCCUCUCUGUGCGUCAAUGGCAACCGCCAGCUUCUCUAACCUCCCUACGCGCGUUCUCUCGCUUCAAUCACUGAAUCACCGCCACCGUCAGCAGAGUUUCGGUAUCACUACUCGCCGAGUCACUUGCAGUUUCGUCACUCCGUCGUCGUUGGGAUUGACUAGUUUCAGCAAUAGAGGAUUCCGCCCUACUGUCGUUUUCUCAACUGGAAAUGGCGGCGGUUUCCAUGACGGAACAGGUGGUAGAGGAGGUGGAGGUGGUGGUGGUGGAGGUGAUGAUGGUGACGAUGAUGCCGCAUCACGCAACCGGAACGAAGCGAUUCUUGUUCUGGCAGAGGUUGGAAGGUCGCUGGAGAGCUUGCCGAAGGACUUAGCGGCAGCAAUUCAGGCAGGGAGAGUUCCUGGAUCAAUAGUUAAGAGGUACUUCGAGCUGGAGCAGUCGCCGAUCAUGCGGUGGUUGCUUAACUUUGGAGGAUUCAAGGAGCGUUUGCUUGCGGAUGAUUUGUUCUUGGUCAAGGUUGCAAUUGAAUGUGGCGUUGGGAUCUUCACCAAGAGUGCUGCUGAGUUGGAACGGCGCCGAGAAAAUUUUACGAAGGAACUUGAUUUCGUUUUUGCCGAUGUGGUAAUGGCGAUAAUAGCAGAUUUUAUGCUUGUGUGGCUUCCUGCUCCAACUGUUUCUCUCCGACCUCCUCUUGCAGUCAGUGCUGGACCUAUUGCUAAAUUCUUCUAUGGCUGCCCGGAUAAUGCAUUUCAGGUGGCUUUGGCCGGCACAUCUUAUUCAUUAUUACAGAGAACAGGUGCAAUAGUUCGGAAUGGGGCAAAGCUGUUUGUUGUUGGAACCAGUGCAUCUCUGAUUGGUGUAGGUAUAACGAAUGCAUUGAUUAAUCUACGAAAGGCAGUUGAUAAAUCUUUUGCUGGUGAAGCAGAGGAUGUACCUAUAUUGUCAACAAGUAUUGCUUAUGGUGUUUACAUGGCUGUCUCUAGCAACCUCAGGUAUCAAGUACUUGCAGGAAUUAUUGAGCAACGGAUUCUGGAGCCAAUGCUUCAUCAACAAAAACUUGUACUUGGAGUGACCAGUUUUGCUGUUCGAACUGGCAAUACAUUCUUGGGGUCUUUGAUGUGGGUAGAUUAUGCUCGCUGGGUUGGAAUCCAAAAGAUCCGGGAAUAGAGGCUGUUUGAUUGAAAACCAGAAGAAGUGGGAAGAGGGUUUGAACCCUAGUCAUGUAAAUGAAGAAGCCUUUUUUUUUUUUUGUUUUUAUUGUGAAUAAUUUAAACAAUUACUCUACGAGCUUCCUUGAUUAAUUGUUUAUUGUAUUAUAUUUUUCUUAUUUGUUAUUCUUGGAUUGAAAAACUGCGUGUAGACUAUCCCAGAAAAUGAAAGCCAUGCUGGGCUCAUAUGGGCUUUACAAAAUUUGGGCUUGUCUUCCGUAAUAAGAAAACAAGAUCUGAAUU